CAUCUCUCAAUGGCAAAAGCAAAGCUUGCUUCCCUCGUGUCGCGAUAUGCCUCACGCCUCAAGCGCAGAGAGCCAGCGCGCAAGCAGCGAACUCCGCAACAGCUUGCCGACAUGCCAGUCGAUGUCAUCCUUGAAGUAUUCCUGCAUCUCGAGUUCACGGAUGUGAUGAGUUUAGCUCAAGUAUCUCGUCUAUUCUACGAGGUAUCCGAGUCCCUCGCCAUCUGGAAGAACCUCGCAUACAAGCUCAUGUGUCGUGGCCGCCGCAUCUCGCUACACGACCACCUCUCAACGUCCUCUCUGACAGCAGCACAGCUAAAGCAAUCCGUGCUUCUGACAACGGCUGCAGAAGAGUCGUGGCUUGGAGCAACGCCUACACACGUUGCGCGGCCGCACCCUGUCCGGCUGGACGACGUCGAUCUUGACCAUGCUUCGUACAUAAUGAAGUUCACGUCUCGAAGACACCUCGUGCUUCCUACCAAGGCGGGUGAACUGGUCGGAUGGGAUACGCGGACGAAGACAUGCGCUGGGAAGUAUGACAUGGGCGCCGACUCGGUUUUGAUAAACGUCCAGGGAGACUAUGCGACUCGAUCGUUGUAUUGGAUUACAGGGAAGAUCUCUUCCGAUCCCGACUUCGAGCAGAAUUUGCAUAUUAAAAUUCUUCGGAUCCAAUUCCCCGAACCUUCUUCGUCAAAUCCUGUUGGCUUCGAGGUUUUAGGAGAUCUAGUCACCCCAUGGUCCCUCGCUGCAGAACUCCAUUUCUUGGACGCCUCUCAAAGAAUGAUUUGUGCUGUUUUCUUGAAUGAAGAGACCUGUACGGCGGGAUUGCACGUCGUCUUGGAUUGGAGUACCGGCUUAAGCUGCAUCUUCGACACCGGCACCAUUUACGAAUACGGCCGCGCAGUAAUAGGCCUCCACCUCUCAACCGACAAACAACACAUCAUCCUUCGCAGCGAACAAUGCGGAAUGGAAGUCCGUCGCGCCUACUCUCUCAACGAAAUGAAAGAACGUGCGUUCAUCUGGAACGCAGCACGUCGAUCAUCAAUGAUGCAGUCUCUGCCUUGUAUGAAGUCUGUUGCGUUGGCGUUGACGAGGUGGGAACAUGAGGAUCCGGCAUUUGAUUACGCUAUGGCUCCGCAUACUGUUUGGGUUUUGCCGCAGUGGUGGCCGACUUUACCUGGUGUUCCACGUAGGACGAGUACGAUUAUUUUGUACCUUGCGCCUGAGGAUGGGCCUAUGGGGCAGAUGAGACGCGUUUGGCGAGCGGCGCAGCAUUAUUCGGAGGCUGUUGAGAGUGUUUUGGAGGAUGAUGAUGAGUUGGUGGAGAGGUAUGAGUUAUUGGGAUGUUCAGGCGAGAUGGUUGGUGGGGCACCAUGUUCUUCUGCAAGAAGUAUUGUGGAUAUUGGUGGAAACGCGGUUACGAUUAGUCUUGGACAUCAUGGCCUACCGAUCCUCGCGCAGAGCUUUAAUCACCUUGGAUGGAUCGAGGAGACUUACGAAGAUGAUGACGAUGAUGAUGAGAAGAGGUUUAGUAGGUUCAGGAAGUUACGUCCGAAAUCGCUAUUUGCUAGCGUUCGGCGAAGGACUCGAAGUCGUUCCUAUUCCUCUGCUUCGUCUUCGUCUUCUUCCUCAUCUUACGCACUUCCACGUCGUUGCAAACGCACCCUGAAACUAGUAACAUUCCCCGACCCAGGCGUCUCACCCAUCCACCCACACAACUGCAAGAUAUCACCUAAACCCAAAAACAACAAUCGCACUAACAAACCUUACAACGACAUCCCCACCGCCAACUAUAACAGCAACAAAAAACACAAACUAACGAACUUGAUACACCACUUGCACUCCCUCCCUCUCUCCCUUCGCCACCUCAAAUUCCAAAACAUCUUACGAAUAGGAAGAAUGGGAAUGGGAAUGGGAAUUGGAAAUAGGAUGGGGAGGGCAAGGAGGAGAGAGAAACAAGGUGAAUGCACUUGUACGAUCUUAGAGCCGGUAACGCUGGACGUACCAGCUGAAGUCUUGGAUGGGUGUUAUCAUAUGUUUUUGGACCCUGCUGCUGGGACUGUGACGCUUGCUACGGAGGAUAAUGAGUUGCAUGUUUAUCAGUAUGGGAGGCCUGGGGUUUUGUCGAGUUCUUUUGAGGAGGAGGUGGAGGGAGGUGAGGAGAAACGUGGUGCUGAUGUAGAGGUGGAGAUGAGGAUGCAUGUACCUGCGCCUCUUGUGUGAUUGUUGGAUUGAGGAGGGGUUGAGGACGGAUGAUUGGGAUUUU